AUGACAAAUUCAAUAAUUGUUGUUAAUGGUAUCUCUGGUACUAGUAACACCAAUAAGAUAUCCAAUAUAUCAAAUGCUUUUAAUGAUAUAUCAAAGAAAGUUUUAAGAGCGAAUUAUCCAUCAAAAAUAAAUAAUUCACCACCAAGUUUAGAACAAAUUUUAGAAGUUAUACUAUCAACAAAUUUCAAUACAAAUAAUACCUUUACUGAAGAUUUAUUAGAACUUUUAAUUAUUGGUUGCCAAACAGUUAAUCCUGCUGAUGAAGCUUUGACUACAAAGUUCGGUAGAAUUAUUAUUAAUUUUUGUAAGAAGCAUUUGGUUAAACUUAAUGAUACCUCUUCAGGACAAUCCCCUGUAGAAAUUAUACUUUCAUUUUUAAUCAAAUCUUUUACUAAUGCUACUCAACCAGUAUAUGCCGUCGGCAUAUUGAGAGCAAUGAGUCGGGUUUUAUAUGAGAAUGGGCAAGAAUGCAAAAAGUUACAUGAUCAGCUGUUGUAUAUUCUUUUACCACUUGUUAAAGAAGAUAAUAAAAACCUCGAUAUCAGACGAAUGGCGAUAAAUUGUUUAGGAAAUUUAUGCUAUCAUACGGGAAAUAAAUUUCAAGGAAAUUAUAAAAUUGUUUACGAGUUACUUUUGGCUAGUUUAAAUUCACCAAAUCCUUCCGACGAUGAAUCAGCUUAUCUCAAGACCAUAAGCAGCACAUUGAGGGCUCUACAAUUUAUUGUGUUGGAAGAUAAAAGUGUUUUAUCGGAACCUUUUGGUUCAACGAUUGAAAUAAUUAAGAAAUAUGUCUUCUAUAAUGUUGAUGAUAUUAAGAAACUUCAAGCAGAAAUAGAUCAAUCUAGAAUAGCAGCAGGUAAUAGUGUAUGCAAUUCUAGUCCAUCAACACAAAGACAUUCAAGAAGGCACAGUCGAAUGAAGUCUAUUAGUCGUUCAGUUUUGAGUUCCGAUUCAGAAAUAUCAGAUGGAGAACACACACAAUCUAUUUAUAAAAGAGAUGAAGAUUCUCGAAUUCGAGCAAACGCGCUCGGCUAUUUGCAAAGCAUUGCAAAAGUAUCAUCAAAGUUGUUGUAUCAAUAUUGGAGCCUUUUCCUUCCUUAUACAGAACCUUCUGAUUCUUCUCCUCCAUCAUUGCUUACUAUCAUUACUUGUGAACCUACGCUUACAGUUCGUAUAAGUGCUUGUUCUGUAAUCACUACAAUGAUUGAUAGCUCUAAGCAAUAUUUAGCUGCUGCAGAUGAUCGAGAGGUUAAAACUUCUUUCACUUCAUUAUCUGCGAAAUUGGGUACUAUUGUACGAGAACUUCAUGCUGGAUUACUUCAAGUUAUUUCGAGAGAAGAUCAUAAUCUUGUUUUAACUCAGUUAUUAAAGUGUUGCAACGUUUUGGCGAGCAAUAUGGCAUAUGAUAGGUUAACGUCAGGAUAUCUAUCUCGUGUAUAUUACACAACUGCGAAUUUCUUGGUACACAAUGAAAAUGCUGUUAGACUUGCAACCAUGACUUUGAUAUCUACAAUUAUGGAUUGUAAAACAUGUAUCAGGGAAGUGGAUAAAUUGUUAUUAGCUGAAAUUAUCAAUAGCGCUUCAGCAAAUAUCCCUAGGUCGUCAUUUUUCCAAAAUUAUGGGGAAAUGAGUCUUUUGUCUUAUUUAGUGUUGGUGAUUGGAAGUAAAGACCAAUCACCUGCUAUGAAAAUUGAAGCAUGGGGAAUUUUAUGUGCUUGUACUAGAACUCAUUUUAAUCUAGUCAGUCCAGCUUGGAAGCAUAUAAAUCCUUUGAUUGUCAAUGACCUUGCUUGUGAGGAUGAAAAAAUUAGAACAGCUGCAAUGACUUUUUUGAUUGAAUAUGCUAAAGAACAAGCAGUAGCUUUAUGUGGAAGUAGUCAAAACAUUGAUGAGGAUGUUAUGGUUCAACGCGUUCAGAAAGCGGUUACUUCAGAAGUAUUUCAAUGGUGGAGUUCCGUAUUUGAUCAACAUAUUCAAAGUACCUCAAUUGAUAAAUGUCAUGCUGUUAGAGCUUUAACAUGUGACUUGAUAUCACACAUUCCAUCCGACAUAGAGAAGAGGAAGUAUUGUAUUAAAAUAUUAUUGGGAUUUUCUAAAGACGAAAGUCCAAAUGUUAGAGCAUCUGCAUGUAGAGGACUUGGUGUUUAUAUAUUAUUUCCUUGCUUACAACAGGACACAAAAUUUGCUUCAGAUAUGGCACUUUCGGUUAUUCAACAAAUGUCAGAUCAAAAUAUUUUGGUUAGAAUUAGAAGUAGUUGGGCAUUAGGAAAUCUGUGUGACACGAUAGUGUUAUUAAGUAACCCAGACAAUAAUCAAGGGAUAUCAAAUAAUAAUACAAAUUUGACCGAAUUCUUGAUUAAUGUUAUGUGGGCUAGAAUAGUAAAAGCAGGAUUAGCAGCUUCCAAUGAUAAAAAUGAAAAAGUGAGACCUAACGGAGUCAGAAUGUUGGGCAGUAUAAUUCACGUUAGUCCAACAAAUUUCUUGGAGAGGGAAGAAAGGGGAUUAAUAAAAGAUGUUGUAAUGACUUUAAUUAAGAACUUUGAAACAGGAACUUUAAAAGUUCGAUGGAAUGCGUGUUAUGCAGCAGCAAAUAUGUUGCGUAAUCCAAACUUUCCUAUAGGGUUAAGAUCCAACAAUUGGUCAAUACCACUAUAUGAAUCAUUAAUAAAGGUAGUACAAACUUCAAAAAAUUUCAAAGUUCGUAUUAAUGCGUGCUUGGCAUUAUCAACACCAACGACUCGUGCUAAGUACGGUGGCGAUACUAUAAUGUUAAGUAAAAUAUUACAAGCCGUUGUAACUUCAUUAGAAAAUGUUGAUAAUUUGACUGGUACUGGUUUUAGUGAAGUUAAAUAUCAAGAACAAUUAAGAAAUCAGUUGCUGAAUACUUAUCAUCAUUUAAUUAAUAUUUCUUCCGUAAAUGAUAAAAGAUUCAUUGAGUCUUAUAUUCAAAGAGUUAAUGAAUGGAAAGAAACUCGACCGGAAUAUUUAGAUGAACAACAUGGCUGUGAUUAA